GUGAUGGCCGAAGUGCGCAAAUUCACCAAGCGGCUCAGCAAGCCCGGCACGGCGGCCGAGCUCCGGCAGAGCGUGUCGGAGGCCGUCCGGGGCUCCGUGGUGUUGGAAAAAACCAAAGUCGUAGAGCCUUUGGAUUAUGAGAAUGUCAUCACACAAAGAAAGACUCAGAUUUAUAGCGACCCUCUCAGAGACCUGCUUAUGUUUCCGAUGGAAGACAUAUCUAUCUCAGUAAUAAGCCGUCAUCGCAGAACUGUGCCAUCCACUGUACCAGAAGAGGGGGAGAAAAAGGCUCAAAGUUUGUUUGUCAAAGAGUGCAUUAAAACAUAUAGCACCGAUUGGCAUGUGGUCAAUUACAAGUAUGAAGACUUUUCUGGGGACUUCCGAAUGUUGCCAUGCAAAUCUCUGAGACCAGAGAAGAUUCCCAAUCAUGUAUUUGAGAUUGAUGAAGACUGUGAGAAAGAUGAGGAUUCUUCUUCUUUAUGUUCUCAGAAGGGAGGUGUGAUAAAGCAAGGCUGGUUGCAUAAGGCCAAUGUCAAUAGCACCAUCACAGUUACCAUGAAGGUAUUCAAGAGACGGUAUUUUUACUUAACUCAGCUUCCUGAUGGUUCCUAUAUUCUCAAUUCCUAUAAAGAUGAGAAAAAUUCAAAAGAAUCUAAAGGUUGCAUCUAUUUGGACGCCUGCAUUGAUGUGGUUCAGUGCCCCAAGAUGCGCCGUCAUGCUUUUGAACUCAAGAUGCUUGAUAAGUAUAGUCAUUAUCUGGCUGCUGAAAAUGAACAGGAAAUGGAAGAAUGGUUGAUAACUUUGAAAAAGAUUAUUCAGAUCAAUACCGACAGUUUGGUGCAAGAGAAAAAGGAGACAGUAGAAACAGCACAAGAUGAUGAAACAAGCAGCCAAGGAAAAAGUGAGAACAUCAUGGCCAGUUUGGAAAGGAGCAUGCAUCCAGAACUGAUGAAGUAUGGAAGAGAAACCGAACAGUUAAACAAACUCAGCAGAGGAGAUGGAAGACAGAAUCUCUUUUCAUUUGAUUCAGAAGUUCAGAGAUUGGACUUCUCAGGAAUUGAACCUGAUAUAAAACCAUUUGAAGAAAAAUGUAAUAAGCGAUUCCUAGUCAGUUGUCAUGAUUUAACAUUUAAUAUCUUGGGUCAAGUUGGAGACAAUGCAAAAGGACCACCCACAAAUGUUGAACCAUUUUUUAUCAAUCUUGCCUUAUUUGAUGUCAAGAACAAUUGUAAGAUUUCAGCUGACUUCCAUGUAGACCUGAAUCCUCCAUCUGUUCGUGAAAUGCUGUGGGGUGCUUCAACCCAACUGGCAAGUGAUGGAAACCCUAGAAGCUCUUCAUCUGAAUCUUUGAUUCAUGGAAUUGCUGAAUCUCAGUUACGCUACAUAAAGCAGGGAAUUUUCUCAGUGACAAAUCCACAUCCUGAAAUUUUCCUGGUGGCAAGAAUUGAAAAGGUGUUGCAGGGAAACAUCACACACUGUGCAGAACCCUACAUCAAAAAUUCAGACCCUGCAAAGACGGCCCAGAAGGUUCACAGGACAGCUAAGCAAGUGUGUAGCCGCCUUGGACAAUACAGAAUGCCGUUUGCUUGGGCUACCAGACCCAUUUUCAAAGAUGUCCAAGGCUCUCUGGAUCUGGAUGGGAGAUUUUCUCCUUUGUAUAAACAAGACAGCAGUAAGCUUUCAAAUGAAGACAUUCUCAAGUUGCUCUCAGAAUACAAGAAGCCAGAGAAGACUAAAUUGCAGAUUAUUCCUGGACAGCUCAACAUCACAGUAGAAUGUGUCCCUGUGGAUUUAUCAAACUGUAUUACUUCUUCCUACGUGCCCCUGAAACCUUUUGAAAAGAACUGUCAAAAUAUUACUGUGGAAGUUGAAGAGUUUGUUCCAGAAAUGAUAAAAUAUUGUUACCCAUUUACUAUUUACAAAAACCAUCUGUAUAUAUAUCCCUUGCAAUUAAAAUAUGAUAGCCAGAAAACAUUUGCCAAGGCGCGGAACAUUGCAAUCUGUGUGGAAUUCCGAGACUCCGAUGAGAGUGAGGCCAGUGCGCUAAAGUGUAUUUAUGGGAAACCUGCAGGGCCCGUGUUCACCACAAACGCUUAUGCUAUUGUCUCACAUCACAACCAGAAUCCAGAGUUUUAUGAUGAGAUUAAAAUUGAACUUCCUAUUCACCUGCAUCAGAAACAUCACUUGCUUUUCACUUUUUACCACGUAAGCUGUGAAAUUAACACAAAGGGGAGUACCAAAAAGCAAGACACAGUUGAAACUCCAGUUGGGUUCGCCUGGAUUCCUUUGCUGAAGGAUGGUCGAAUCAUCACGUUUGAGCAGCAACUGCCAGUGUCAGCCAAUCUCCCACCGGGCUACUUGAAUCUGAAUGAUGCUGAGUCGAGAAGGCAACCUAAUGUGGAUAUUAAGUGGGUAGAUGGUGCAAAGCCUUUGUUGAAGAUUAAAAGCCACUUGGAGUCUACCAUUUACACUCAAGAUCUACACGUGCACAAAUUCUUCCAUCAUUGCCAGCUGAUUCAGUCAGGCUCGAAGGAAGUUCCGGGGGAGCUCAUUAAAUAUUUAAAGUGUUUGCAUGCCAUGGAGAUCCAAGUCAUGAUACAGUUUCUUCCUGUAAUUCUUAUGCAACUCUUCCGAGUUCUCACAAAUAUGACCCAUGAAGAUGAUGUUCCUAUCAACUGCACCAUGGUUCUUUUGCAUAUUGUGUCAAAGUGCCACGAAGAAGGCUUGGAUAAUUAUUUAAGAUCCUUCUUAAAGUAUAGCUUCCAUCCUGAAAAACCAAGCCCUCCUCAGGCUGCGCUGAUCCAUGAAACCCUGGCUACUACCAUGAUAGCAAUAUUGAAACAGUCAGCAGACUUCUUAGCAAUCAACAAACUCCUAAAGUACUCAUGGUUUUUCUUUGAAACUAUUGCAAAGUCUAUGGCCACAUACUUGUUGGAAGAGAAUAAAAUUAAGCUUCCCAGAGGCCAGAGAUUUCCUGAGGCAUAUCAUCAUGUAUUGCAUUCAUUGCUCCUGGCGAUCAUUCCCCAUGUGACUAUUCGUUUUGGAGAGAUUCCUGAAGAGUCCAGAAAUGUCAAUUACAGUUUGGCUAGCUUCCUUAAGCGCUGUUUGACACUAAUGGAUAGAGGAUUUGUUUUUAACCUGAUAAAUGACUACAUAUCGGGAUUCAGUCCCAAAGAUCCUAAGGUUCUGGCGGAAUACAAGUUUGAAUUUCUGCAAACCAUUUGCAAUCAUGAACAUUAUAUUCCUCUGAACUUGCCAAUGGCUUUUGCCAAACCUAAACUUCAGCGAGUUCAAGAUUUUUUUUCAUUUGCGGUGGACCGUUUGACUUCAGUAGAUUCAAACCUUGAAUACAGUUUAUCAGAUGAGUAUUGCAAACAUCACUUCUUGGUUGGUCUACUUCUGAGGGAAACUUCCAUUGCUCUUCAAGAUAGUUAUGAGAUCAGAUAUACAGCUAUCUCUGUCAUCAAGAAUCUCUUGAUAAAGCAUGCAUUUGACACUAGAUACCAGCACAAGAACCAGCAAGCCAAAAUAGCACAAUUGUACCUCCCAUUUGUUGGUCUGCUUUUGGAAAAUAUACAACGAUUAGCCGGUCGAGAUACCCUGUAUUCUUGUGCAGCCAUGCCUAAUUCUACAUCCAGAGAUGACUUUGCAUGUGACUUUACUUCACCUACAAAUAGAGGGAGUCUGAGCACUGACAAAGAUGCCGUUUAUGGAUCUUUUCAAAAUGGACAUGGAAUUAAGAGGGAAGAUUCAAGAGGUUCCCUCAUACCAGAAGGAGCAACAGGAUUUUCAGAUCAGGGUAGCACUGGUGAACAUACCCGACAGAGUUCAACAAGAAGUAGUAUUUCCCAGUAUAACAGAUUGGAUCAGUAUGAAAUUAGAAGCCUCUUGAUGUGCUACCUGUACAUAGUAAAAAUGAUUUCUGAAGAUACUCUUUUAACUUACUGGAAUAAAGUAUCACCUCAAGAACUCAUAAAUGUUCUUAUACUUUUAGAAGUGUGUUUGUUUCACUUUAGAUAUAUGGGGAAAAGAAACAUAGCAAGGGUGCAUGAUGCCUGGCUGUCAAAACACUUUGGUAUUGACCGAAAAUCACAAACCAUGCCAGCUCUAAGGAACAGAUCAGGAGUAAUGCAGGCCCGGCUUCAGCAUCUUAGUAGUCUGGAAAGUUCAUUUACACUUAAUCACAGUUCUGCAACAACAGAAGCCGACAUUUUUCAUCAGGCACUUCUUGAAGGCAAUACCGCUACUGAAGUUUCUUUAACAGUACUGGACACCAUAUCAUUUUUCACCCAGUGCUUCAAGAGCCAGCUUUUAAAUAAUGAUGGCCACAACCCACUGAUGAAAAAAGUUUUUGAUAUUCAUCUUGCUUUCCUUAAAAAUGGCCAAUCUGAAGUGUCACUGAAGCAUGUAUUUGCCUCCCUGCGAGCUUUCAUUAGUAAGUUUCCCUCCGCCUUUUUCAAAGGUAGAGUAAACAUGUGUGCUGCCUUUUGCUAUGAAGUUCUCAAGUGCUGUACCUCGAAGAUCAGCUCAACUAGGAAUGAAGCCUCUGCACUUUUGUAUCUCCUGAUGAGAAACAACUUCGAGUACACUAAAAGAAAAACCUUCCUGAGGACACAUCUUCAGAUAAUCAUUGCUGUAAGCCAGCUGAUAGCUGAUGUAGCACUCAGCGGAGGCUCAAGAUUUCAGGAGUCUUUAUUCAUUAUCAAUAAUUUUGCAAAUAGUGACAGACCUAUGAAGGCAACUGCUUUUCCUACAGAAGUAAAAGAUUUGACCAAGAGAAUCCGCACUGUUCUUAUGGCCACUGCUCAAAUGAAGGAGCACGAGAAAGACCCAGAAAUGCUAAUUGACCUACAGUAUAGCUUAGCCAAGUCCUAUGCCAGCACUCCAGAGCUCAGAAAAACCUGGCUUGAUAGUAUGGCCAAGAUUCACAUCAAAAAUGGAGAUUUUUCAGAGGCAGCCAUGUGUUAUGUCCAUGUAGCAGCUUUGGUGGCAGAAUUUCUUCAUCGGAAAAAAUUAUUCCCCAAUGGAUGUUCAGCCUUCAAGAAAAUUACACCCAAUAUUGAUGAAGAAGGAGCUAUGAAAGAAGAUGCUGGAAUGAUGGAUGUCCACUAUAGUGAAGAAGUUUUGCUGGAGUUGCUAGAACAGUGUGUGGAUGGCUUAUGGAAGGCAGAACGUUAUGAAGUAAUUUCUGAGAUUUCCAAGUUGAUCAUUCCAAUUUAUGAGAAACGUCGUGAAUUUGAGAAACUGACACAAGUUUACAGAACUCUUCAUGGAGCAUACACAAAAAUUCUGGAGGUUAUGCACACAAAGAAAAGGCUGCUGGGUACUUUCUUCAGAGUUGCCUUUUAUGGCCAAUCCUUUUUUGAAGAAGAAGAUGGCAAGGAGUACAUCUAUAAGGAACCAAAGCUUACUGGCCUCUCAGAGAUUUCCCUGAGACUUGUUAAACUUUAUGGUGAAAAAUUUGGUACAGACAACGUCAAAAUAAUUCAGGAUUCAGACAAGGUAAAUGCCAAAGAGCUUGACCCCAAAUAUGCUCAUAUCCAAGUGACAUAUGUGAAGCCAUACUUUGAUGAUAAAGAGCUUACAGAAAGAAAAACCGAGUUUGAAAGAAACCAUAACAUCAACAGAUUUGUGUUUGAGGCUCCUUAUACAUUAUCAGGCAAAAAGCAAGGCUGUAUAGAAGAGCAGUGCAAACGUCGUACAAUCUUGACUACUUCAAAUUCCUUUCCGUAUGUGAAGAAGAGGAUCCCUAUAAACUAUGAACAACAGAUUAAUUUGAAGCCAAUUGAUGUUGCUACUGAUGAAAUCAAAGACCGAACAGCAGAACUGCAAAAGCUUUGCUCUUCUGCUGACGUGGACAUGAUUCAGCUCCAACUGAAAUUGCAGGGCUGUGUUUCAGUACAGGUCAAUGCUGGACCAUUGGCAUAUGCGAGGGCUUUUUUAAAUGACAGUCAAGCCAGCAAGUAUCCACCUAAAAAAGUAAAUGAGUUGAAAGACAUGUUCAGGAAGUUCAUACAAGCUUGUAGUAUUGCCCUGGAACUAAAUGAGCGGUUAAUCAAAGAGGAUCAAAUUGAGUAUCAUGAAGGACUGAAGUCAAAUUUCAGAGAUAUGGUGAAAGAAUUGUCUGACAUUAUCCAUGAGCAGAUAUUGCAGGAAGAUACAAUGCAUUCCCCAUGGACGAGCAACACAUUACAUGUAUUUUGUGCAAUUAGUGGCACAUCAAGUGACAGAGGAUAUGGUUCCCCAAGAUAUGCGACGGAAGUAUGAGGAUGUGCAGGUGUGAAGGGAUGCCAAGUCUGACCUUUCUCAGGAAUAUCCAGAGACAUGUAAAUGCUGCGAUUUGGAGACUUGCUAUACAUCGAGUGUUUCUUCCUGACACCAAAAUGUUCAUGCUUUCAUACAGGGUGCUUACGUUUGUGUAAAUAUUUAAGCAACUUGAAAGUGCCUGGAAAAUAGCACCACUGUGCUUGGUUUGUACUUUUUAAGGUAAAUCUAUAAUACUGAGAAGUAGAGAUCAAAACAUUGAUUCCAUUUGCUUUGUUAAUGUUUAAAAUAACCAUGGUACUCUGUGAAAUUGUAUAAUGGAAUACAAUAAAGGGUAGAAGUUAUUUGCUAUUAGAAGUGAAGGAAAUAAUACUUUGAACUAAGCCUUUUUAUUGAUGGGUAGCUCAAUAUGUUAUCUUACUAAUCUUUGGAGACUGAGAUUUGAUGGCAUUUCCAUAGCACCAGGGAAACUUCAAAUGGGGGGGGUGGCAAAUAACGUCAAAUCUGGCCUACCAGUCAUUAAGACUAGGCUAACAGAAACAAAAGCAUUAUUUUACAAGAAAAAUUUCACAAGGAAAUAAGAGACAUGGAAAUCAAUACCAGGCUUACUAUUCUUUCAAGCUUUGAUAUGCUGAUCCUUGUUGCUGGUCCUCUCUGACACAUAAGAUGAGUAAUUCAUUCGUUGUGGUGUGGGUUUCAUUAGCUAGCAACUUUGGUUGCCAGAGUUCCAUAACUUAGGUGUUCUCUCUGCAAUUCUUAACAAACCAUUUCUGAGAAUUUUCCAUCAGUACAUCCCACACUACUUCAGCAUUUGAGCCUCAAAGACAGAGGUAGGCAUUCUAUGAAGAUAAUUUUCUUCAGGUUGAAAGAAAGGUGUACAAGCAUUUUGAUCUAAUUUGAUGGUCACAGCAUUUCUGGGGUCAAUAGAUAUACUCACCAUGGCUUGCUGAGAAUUAUAUUUCUAAAGCUAAGGAAAUCUACGACUAUAUAAAUAAUUGUAAAUGAAACCAAAAUGUGAAGAACUCUUUAAACUUGAAUUAUCUGUAUCAUUUUGGCUGCCUUUCAUGUACAUUUUAUGUUCUAGAUUUUCUUAGGAAGUGAGCCUAUUUUAUAGACCAAAACCAACAAACAAACACACAGAAGUAUAAGUGAGUUACUUGGCUUAACUUUUACUCAUACUUCGUGAUUGAAGUAAAUCUUAUAAAGCUUCUACUUCUUGGCCAUUUUUCUUUACAUGUAAUUUUUAAGUUCUCAGGAGAGGAUGAAAUGAAUCACUGAAGGUGACUUUUAUAUUCUAAUAAGGAAUAUGGAAGGAGUAACCUUUAAAGCUAAUUUCAUCUUCAAAGUGAUGACUUGUAAUUAGUAUGUCCAAGGAGCCAUUGCCAGAGCGAGUGUUGCCAUCUGAGAAUAAGGCCUCUUGGGAAAUUGUUCUGUUUGUUGUCAAGAAUGAAUCCCUAUCAUACCCACAGCACACUGUAGAUCUUUUUAGGUUUUUUAGGGCUUUUUUUAAUUCACCAUGAGAUAUAGUUACAAAGCUUUUGUGAUCAAGUUUCAGUCAUAACAGUGUUGCAACACCCAUCACUCCACCAGUAUACAUUUCCCAUUACCAAUAUCUCUUGUAUCCUGCCAACCCCUCCACCUCCAGCCUGCCUCUAUGACAGGUACUUUUCUUCUCUCUCCCUCUCCCUCCCCCCUCUCACCCCUCCCCCUCUCUCCCCUUCUCUCCCCCUUUUCUCCCCC